UUCUCUUCUUUCUUUUUAAAAAGAAAAGUUGAGAUAUCAAAAAAACAUAAUCAAGAAAAUAAAAUCUCUUUUUCUUGAAAACAAAAAUGAAUCUUAGGUUUUGGUUAGUAUUUCUCCUUAUUACCAUCGCCAUGGUGGUGAGGGAUGCAACCGCCACCUCGGGCGGCAAAAACUACAGCGGCGGGUUAGUCGGCGAUCAAGUCGGCGAGGAGGACGAGAUGUUGAUGGAGUCGGAAGCGAGCCGCCGGAUCUUGGCUUCGGGCAAAAGGUUCCUAAGCUAUGCAGCUUUGAAGGCUAAUAUGACACCAUGCAAUAAAAGAGGACGUUCUUAUUAUUCAUGCAAACAACAAUCUCGUAGAAAGGUUAACCCUUACAAGCGUGCAUGCACCGUCAUCACUAAAUGUUAUAGGUUCACCCAUUAAUUCUAUUUAUAAGCAAAGUUUGAUAAUAAUAAUAAUAAUAUCAAAAUAUUAAUUUGGGAAAAAUUAAAAAUAUUUAUGUAAUUUUAUGUUUGAAAACUGUGUUAUGAAAUUUGUUGUUUUAGAUCAUGUUUUUAUA